ACUGUGCAGCAUGGCGGACGAUGGAGACAGUUCGAGCGGAUCAGUUGACACAACAGGCGGGCAGGGGGCAGCGGAGGAGGCGAGCGGGCUCAGCUUAGUCGGGAUGCUGCUGAAUAUCAGCAUUUUGGUUGUGGUGGUGGUGGUUUGUGUGGCGGUGUACCGACGGUGGAGCAGGCGGCUCGGUGCCGACGCGGCCCGUGGCGACGAGGCCUCGGCGCUUCCCAAGAUGAGGAGACGGGACUUCACUCUGGAGCAGCUGCGGGAGUACGACGGAGUGCAGAACCCCCGCAUCCUCAUGGCCGUUAACAUGAAAGUUUUCGACGUGACGAGCGGCAAAAAGUUUUACGGCAAAGAUGGUCCGUACGGGAUCUUCGCGGGCCGCGACGCCUCCAGAGGCCUGGCCACCUUCUGCCUGGACAAAGGCUUCCUGAGAGACGAGUACGACGACCUGUCAGACCUCACUGCUGUGCAGAUGGAGAGCGUGAGAGAGUGGGAGAUGCAGUUCAUGGAAAAGUACGACUACGUGGGGAGGUUGCUGAAGCCCGGAGACGAGCCGUCAGAGUACACGGACGAGGAGGACAUCAAGGACCACUUGAAACACGACUGAGCAGAACCAUCACUCCGACCAAAGCCAGAAGCCCCAACAGCUGCAACGGACUGCCCCAGACCUGCUCCUGCCCCGCUCCCUGGACUCCUCCCACCCCGCUGAAUCUGGUGCCGCGGCUGUUCUGGAGCCCCCCCUCCCUCCACCACCAGAACGCGACGGGGAGCCUUUUGCUUUGCUGACUGCCGGCUCGUGCCGAUGCUCGGAUCUGGAGCAAAACCUCCAAUAUUCUGGUCAGGCGUCCAGUGGGGAAACGUGCGGCCGUUGUGGCGUGCAGAGCGCCAGGGGGGAAGUCGUCGGGGCAAAACAUGGUUGGUCUGAGCAGACGGGUGGAUCAGGGUGGGGAAAUAGAUUUUUUAUCUUCAGUUUAGUCACAUUGCAAUCGGCUUCAGACGGCUUAUCAAUCAAUCAUCUCCUUCAAAGAGCGCUGCACCGCGGCGUCACCGGCGGCAGCCGCUGGGCGCCGUCUUCUCCUGUUCGUAGUGGACGCACUACUAGUUUUCUGUUCGUCACCAUGUGAUUGUUGAGUAGCUUAGAGGGCGGGGCGGGAGGCUUUGCUUUUCAUUUUCGGAAGGGUUCGCGGGGGUCAUAAGUCCUCGCCGUGUCAACCCGCUCAGAAUCGGGAACAAACAGCUGAUUGGGAGAACAAAGGGAAGCCGAUAAGGCGGUCCUGAUGAAUCGAAUCAAUGGUUUCCGCGCCUCACAAGCCCGCUGCGAGUCUGUUCAUCCCCUGAACAUGGUCCAAGUAUUUACCGUGCCUUAUUUUGCCGGGAGGGUCCGUGCUGAGCGGAGGGACGGAUGGACGGCGUUGGUUCUGCCCCAGGCUCGGCUCGCCGGCGUGAAGAAAGAAGGCAAAUGUUGUCAGCCCACACGCAGACUGUAACCCCCCCCCUCCUCCAUGUCACAAUCUGUAAAUAAACCCAAUGAAUUACUCAGUGUUACUGCCAUAUUUAUGUAGUGGAUGAACUCCAGAUACAUAUGAUGCUACGUCUUAUUGGCCAAACUUUCCCGCUGUUUUUGUGUGUUUUUCCCCGUUCAGCCCCCCCUCAAUCAAAGGAGUGUUGCAGACGGGGCAGGACCGGGAGCUGCUGUUGCCAGAUUUGUUUGUAGUCAGUGCUUUUUCCUGUAAAUAUAUUAUCAUUUUAUUAAAGCAUGUGCAACCAGAAAGUGAGCCGCUGCAAAGUUCCACCACAUGUAUUUAAAUGUUGGGAGUGUGUGUGUGUGAGUGCGUGUGUGAGUGCAUGUGUGUGUUUGUGACGGGCAGGAAGGGAUUUGUUCAUGCAUAAUAAAUCAGUUUGGUUCAUAA